GAUAGCUUGAAAGGCAAUGAUGCAGGAAGACAGCAAUGGAGACUUUGAAAUUGUGGACAAGAAGAUGACCAGUCUCUUGGUUGCAGGACAUUGAGGUGAUUUGCUUUAAACUUGGAAACUGUGGCUUAAUAAACAAGAAGUAUGAACGCUCAAGACAUGAUACACCAGGCACAGGAUGUGUUUGAUAGAGUCACUCACCGUUCAUCUCCACUUCUGCCAACUUUUAUGGAAAAUACAUCUGAUACUUCGUCAAGCACCAGUUCUGUCCUGACAAAUGUGGCGCCUCCAUCAGCUCUCCCCUCCUUCAUAGCCUCCCCUCUAUCAUCAGGUGCUCUUGUUAGAGGACCUCCACCCAGUCCCAAUUCCCCAUCACCAGGAUCAAUGCCCCUCGGUCCUGCAGGUACGCCAGCUGUUGGACCCCCAGUUAGUGCUCUUGGUCUAACCCCGGGACCUCCUCCUCCAAGUGGCCAUUCUCCUCCACCAGCCUCAGCUCCUCCAUCACUUCCCGGCUCUGGUUCAACACAGACGCUCGAGCCAUCUUUUGUUCCACCCCCGAGCCCAGUGACGAGUCAGCCACAGCCACCAGUAAGUCAAGGUAGUGUAGAUGCUUCUGUUGACCUUGGUUCACCCGGUGUAGGUGGACCAUCAGGGAAGCCUGGAGGAAAUGGCUGGUUUGGCUGGAUUCGUGGCACAGUAUCGAGUGUGGGUCACCGUGUUGCUGAGAGAGCAAAGACUUCAAUGGAUACCAUGAUAACCACAUUGGAUCCCCAGAUGAAGGAAUAUAUACAUUCUGGAGGAGAUAUGGAUAUCCUUGUAGCGUCAGACAAGGAAAUCAAAGUUGGUGGUGUCAGGGAAGCCUUCCAGUUUAUGUUUGGCAAGGCAACUGUAAGUGGCAUGGCAGCUCAGGCAGAGAGUGUGGCUGCUCAACCAGUCGGGUUUGAGGCGGCGCUGCACUCCGCCGAGGAACGGAUCAACUCCCUUAGGACGUCAGGACGUGUACACCCACAGCAGCCCGUUGUGUCUGUUGAGAACUUCAUAGUUGAACUUACACCUGAUUGCUGGUUUGAUGUUGGGUUAUUGCUGCUAGAUGACCCAGGAGAGGACAUCCUCCUGCAGACUUACACACAGGUGACUCCCAUCCCACCAGACUUUGUAACCCAAGCCAAGAAUUCUACACCAGAUGAUUACCCCUACAAGAGUUCAGGGUUUGCAGCAACAGUCGGUCAAAUUGCCAGCCAAAAUCUUGAGGUGCAUCAUACAAUGUGGCAAGAAACACUGACGGGGGUGUCAAGACGGGAGAUGAUAGUCCUGGCUGCACGAGCUCUUGCUGGGCUCUACAAGUCCAGAUUGCCUCAUUUUCACUAAUAUAAAUGUUUUUUUUUUUU